GACCAUGAAGCGCGGUGGAUACAUCUCUGCUGGGCUGGUGACUUGGUUGUGGCUCACCUGGAAUCUCUCUGCCCACUGCGAUGCCACCAAGGGCAACGUGCCCCGACUUCGGCUCUCCUAUAAAGAUCUUUUGGCCACUAACCGCUCAGUCCUGUUUCUUGGCCACCGAGGAAUUUUAGACUUCCGGUCCUUGUACCUUGAUGAAUACCGUGACCGCCUGUUCAUUGGAGGAAAAGACACCCUUUACUCUCUUCGACUAGAUCAAACCAACAUGGAUGCUAAAGAGAUUUACUGGCCACCACUCCCUGGACAGAAAGAAGAAUGUUUUCGGAAAGGAAAAGAUCCAAUGACGGAAUGUGCCAACUUUAUCAGAGUACUUUAUCCCUUAAACCGGACACACCUCUUGGCCUGUGGGACUGGAGCUUUCCACCCCAUUUGUGCUCUUAUCUAUGUGGGACACCGAGGAGAGCACGUGUUCAGCUUGGAUCCGACAAGUGUAGAAAGUGGGCGGGGCAGAUGUCCUCAUGAGCCCAAUCGGCCAUUUGCAAGCGCUUUCAUUGGUGGAGACUUGUAUACUGGACUAACAGCAGAUUUCUUGGGCAGGGACUCUGUCAUCUUCCGAACCAUGGGGCACCGCUCCUCUCUGCGUACUGAGAUGGACCAGCGGCUGCUUAACGGUCCGAAAUUUGUUGCUGCUUUUCUGAUCCCAGAUAAUGACGAUCGGGACAAUGACAAGGUCUACUUUUUCUUCACUGAAAAGGCAACAGAGUCAGAUAGCAAAGGACAUGCCAUCUUUAGCCGUGUGGGGAGGAUCUGUGUGAAUGACGCUGGGGGACAGCGAGUGCUAGUCAACAAAUGGAGCACCUUCAACAAGGCCCGGCUGGUGUGCUCUGUCCCCGGACCGGAUGGCAUUGACACCUAUUUUGAUCAACUGGAGGAUGUCUUCCUUCUGAGGACUAAAGAUGGGAAGAGCCCUGAGAUUUAUGCACUAUUUAGCACCAUCAGCAAUGUCUUCCAAGGCUUUGCCAUCUGUGUAUAUCGUGUGGCAGACAUCUGGGGGGUUUUUAAUGGACCGUUUGCUCAUAAAGAUGGCCCUGACCACCAGUGGGCAGCUUAUGAGGGCAAGGUGCCUUACCCAAGGCCAGGAGUGUGCCCCAGCAAAACCACCAACCAGCCAAGCCGACAGUAUUCCUCCACCAAGGACUACCCUGAUGAGGUUCUCCAGUUUUCACGUGCCCACCCACUGAUGAGCAAAUCUGUGUACCCGUUCCAUCGCCGGCCUGUGCUGGUGAAGACCAACCUGCAGCACCGCUUGCGACAGAUAGUGGUGGACCGCGUGGAUGCUGAGGAUGGGCAGUACGAUGUCAUGUUCAUUGGCACAGAUGCUGGCUCGGUACUGAAGGUCAUAGCCCUUCAGAGAGGGAAUUUUGCAGCAGCUGAAGAAGUCAUUUUAGAGGAGCUUCAGAUCUUUAAGGUGUCAGUCCCCGUUACUGAGAUGGAAAUCUCUGUCAAACGACAAAUGCUUUAUGUGGGCUCCCGGAUGGGAGUUGCCCAAGUGAAGCUGCACCAGUGUGAGACGUAUGGGACAGCCUGCGCAGAGUGUUGCUUGGCACGGGACCCUUACUGCGCCUGGGAUGGCCACACCUGCACCAGGUACCAGGUAUCAGGCAAGCGACGUUUUCGCCGGCAAGACAUCCGAAAUGGGAACCCCAUGCACCACUGCCUGGAUCAAAACUUGACAGUGGAUGACUUUGACAGCACAGAGGAAAAAGUGGUGUAUGGGACAGAGCACAACAGCACCUUCUUGGAGUGCAUCCCCAAGUCACCCCAGGCUGCAGUGCAAUGGUUUGUACACAGGUCCCCAGAGGAGCUAAGAGACGAGGUGAAAACCGACGAUCGGAUCAUGAAGACGGAGCAGGGGCUGCUGUUCCGAAAGCUCUUCCGCCAGGACGCCGGAACGUAUUACUGCAGGGCUCAGGAGCAUGGCUUCACUCAGACGGUCACCAAAAUCGCGUUGGAGGUGAUUGAGAGUGAGCAACUGGAGCAGGUCUUCCAGCGGGAGCAAGAGGAAGAGCCACCACGCCUGCCUUGCCGGGGUCCUGAUCCCCGCCAGCUGCAUGGACAGAAGAUGUGGUUCAAAGACAUCAUGCACCUCAUUGGCUAUGGCAACCUGCAGAAAGUAGAGGAGUACUGUGAGCGUGUGUGGUGUGGGGACCGCCAGCUGCGGCACAAAGGGAGGCCCCCAAAGAGCAAGAACAUGCUGGACGGGGGCAAAAGGGGGAGGGGCAAGCAGCACAGUGAGAGGAACCGGGUGCCCAGGCAGGCCACAGCCACAUAAGAGGAAGGGGGAGCCAAUGCAUGGCAAGAGGAGAACGUGAGAAGAGGAGAGGCAUUAUGGACAAAACGUCUUCUUCGUGGAUGAAAAUCAACCUCUCUAGGAACUGUCCUUGCCCUGAUGGAAGGGACCACCUUGCUGAUCAGCUGAGCCUGGAGACCUUCCUUGCUGGAAGCAGACCACUCCCCUCUGCCACUAGCAGUGGAGGCGAGGACUCUAUAGACACCAAAGCGUUGCCUUCUCCUGUCCCAUCUUGAUGUCUUUCACUCAUACACUGGGUUGGUGGUAUCAGGGCUAGGAAGGUAUGGGGCAGCCUUACUCCUGAAGACCCGGUGUAUAUUCAGUGCUGCCCCCUAGGAGCAGAAUGUUCAAUAUGACUAGGACCACAUGAUGCAGAGAAGGGAGCAUGAGGGAUCUCACCUUGGGGCUGGUUGAAGGCAAAGGGAGGCUACCAGCACUACCUAUUGGGUGAACAGCCAACGCUCUGUUUCGAGACAGGGUGGAAACAGUGGGGAGUUGCUGCUGGGAAUGGUGAAUGCCGGAAGGCAGUGCUCUCCUGGAGGUGAUGAGCGACAGCAACAUCAGCUGCAUAAAUCACCCCUUUGAAGAAACAGAUACCUGAACCCAGUGGGCUUCCCCUAUAUAAUGCAUAUAGUUAGAAAGUGCAUGGAUGUGAUCACUGUAUGGAUGUGAUCACUGUAAUUGCCCUUGGUGGCAAAGGAGGCACAUAUUUAUUCGCAGAUCUAAGGAACCUUAUUGUCCCAAGCUUACCCUGGCUCUGGCCAGCAGGCAGAAAGCAGUCUAAACUCUUUGGGCAUUUUUACACAUGAAGCUCAAAGUGGUCAGUUGUGUUUUAUAAUGUGAAUGUCAAUACCUACAUUGACCAAAAUGCUCAUUUGCAUUACAAAUACCCCUCUCCUGCUUUCCCUUGCAAAUGGACAAUGGUGUUUGCAUAAGAUAUAUUCACAUAAAGAGGGGAGGGGGAGAGGCUCGCAUGUUAUACUGCAACCACAUUUAAUGUUAGCCUGGUGGGCUUGUUCUCAGUUGCAAAGCUGGAGUGUUGCUGGGUUGGGGAUUUCAUGGAGAAAGUGAGUGGCAGGAGAGGAGUCAAGCCCUUUCUGCUGCAAAGCAUCCCCUCCCAGGAGUGUGUCUGAACCCAGAGGGAGCACCAGGCUAACACUACAGGUGGCCGCAGCAUAAUGUAGUUUGGUCUUCAGCCGUAUGUGUGUGUAUUUCCUGUGCUUUACAUGCAACCUCAUUCUAAGCCGAAGAAACGUACCUGUAUGCAGGAUCCUCCCAGUCUGUGCCUUCCAAGCAAUCCUAGCGACAUCCACCCAGUGUCAGAACCCCAUCAGGGUAUUUACCUUAAGUAAGCUCCAUCUUUCUCUCCUGUGCCUCUGUUGAUUUAAACACCAAAAGCUGAAUUAAAGCCACCAGUUUGUUCAACAAAUAAAUGAAAUCCUUAUUCAGCAAGCUCAGGCUUGGGGGAAAGUUUCCCCUCUCUUGUUUUCAAUGAUUUGGCAUUUGUCAGCGCAACGAAUGGUGUCAUAGCAAGCUGUACCUGGGACUGCUAAGACUUCUUUUCUACAAUGUCACUGUGCAAUCAAAAGUUGGUUGUUUUCCCCAAAUACUUAUUGAACAAAAUAUGUGUCUAGGGGCCAAGGAAUAAAACUCAAGCCACUCUAAUUUUGUGAAGAGAUUGGGAAGUUUAGCUAUAAAAAGACUUCCCCUGGAAGGUCCUUCUGGUGACCAUUUUCUGGGGGAAGAUUUAUUGUCAUCAAUGAUCAGUAUUGGAAUAAAU